AUGCCUCAACUAUCCUUAGACCGUGGCAGGAUUGUUCGUGGAACUAUUCGUCGUGCAGAGGAGUUAAGCUGUGAUGUAGGCAAUUUACGCCUUGCAACAGAUAGAGAGACUCGCUUUUUACGAGACCGGGAUGAUGCCGGAUCGAUCUGGCUUGAGCAAGGCUGGGAUACGUUCGAAAUUGACGGCCAAGGCGGCGAAAGAAUUGAAGAGAUCAAAGUCUACCAUAACCCCUAUCAUGAUCCUGCGCCUACAGCAAUUGAGAUUCAUACCAAUCGAGGCCGCUCAGUGCUAUGGGGCGUAGACAUGAAACGGGGUGAAAAUGGGGGAGAAACGAAUGAGCAUGCUCGUCUUCCAAUUAAACGUCCUAAUCAUCUCCGUGUAGACGACGGUUUUGCUAUCAUUGCGUUAGUUAUGGGAUGCGGAAAGGUUUUUGGUCGUUGGCACUCAGACAAUGAAGUUAUUGACCCUCAAUGGGAUCGCAAUCGACGCAUGAUCGGCAAGGAUUACAUGGAUGUGGAGGAUGUCCGGGGGCCUUGGACCAAGGAGCAGUAUGAAAAUCGUAACGAGUCGUCGUUACAUACAGGCACGAGCAAGUUUGGCAUCAUCACGAAAAGGAUUACAGAUGGGGCUAAAGUAGGUAUCUAG